UCAAAUUGGACAAUCAAAACAUAACCCUAAAUAAUUCGUUCCCUUUCUCUAGUGCGCAAUUAAUUAUUAAAAAAUUGUUGAUUAAUUGUUGAUAGUUUUCAGGAACAACAAUGAGUAAAAUAUUCACCCCGACAAACCAAAUCCGACUGACAAACGUCGCAGUCGUACGAAUGAAAAAAGCAGGAAAACGGUUCGAAAUCGCUUGUUACAGGAACAAAGUCGUUUCAUGGCGAAAUCAAGUAGAAAAAGACAUAGAUGAAGUGCUUCAGACCCAUACAGUAUUCACAAAUGUAUCCAAAGGUCAAGCUGCAAAAAAAGAAGAUCUAAUCAAGGCCUUCGGUAUAGAAGACCAAACCGAGAUUUGCAAACAAAUAUUAGCCAAAGGCGAGCUGCAAGUAUCCGAUAAAGAGAGGCAAAGCCAAAUCGAGCAACAAUUCAAAGAAAUAGCUACAACUGUGGCAAACACAUGCCUGAAUCCUGAAUUGAAAAGGCCCUAUCCUGUUACGAUAAUCGAAAAAGCUAUAAGAGAUGCUCAUUACUCUGUCAAACCGAAUCAAAAUACUAAAGUUCAAGCCAUGGCAGUUAUAAAACUUCUUAAGGAGUCUGAUUCAAUUCCUAUUGAACGGGCUAAGAUGAGGUUGAAAGUUAAUUUCAAAGGCAAAGAGGCUAAAAAGUUGAGAGACAAGCUUAAAAAAAUUGAAGGGAUUGAGGUUGAAAAUGAAGAGCAGGUUGAAGAUCAGAUAACUUUGGUUUUCCUAGUGGAUCCUGGACAGUUUAAAGAAAUUGAUAAUAUGGUCAAAUCUGAGACAAAGGGAGGAGCUUUAUUGGAAGUUAUGUCUUAUAAGGAAAUGGUUAUGGGUGAUGAAUAUUUUUAGUUUAUUUUGGCUUAUGUAUUUAUAGUGUUUUGUUUAAUAUAAUAAAAUAUUCAAAUUA